CUUCUCCUCCUGAGCUGUCUCCGCCGCAUCUCUCUCCAUUCAGCCUGGCGCGUUAUCUGGCCUCUGAGGCGGCUCGCGGUGCUCUGCUUCAAGGAAGGAAGGAGGGUGAAAGGGUGAGCUGCAGAGGACAGGUUUUCUCCAUCUUCCUGCGGAGCUGUCUGUCCAUACCAGUGAUAGAGCUGCCUGCAUCUUGUGGAUUUAUCUCAGGGUGAAGGCGAGGGGAAUCCUGAGUGGAGAGGCAGGAGUCUGCUCCGUGUCUGUGUGGAUGACCUGCGCUCUACUAGUGUAUUCCUCAGCAACAUGAACAAGAUGAAGAACUUUAAGAGGCGUUUCUCUCUUUCUGUUCCUCGCACGGAGACCAUUGAGGAGAACGAGUUCACUGAGCAGAUAAACCAGUUCAACAUACGGCACACUCAGGGCCUGACUCCAGACCGGCUGGGUCCUCCCUCUCAUGAUGCCAGUCCUUCGAGCCCUGAACCAACAACACCGGGAGCUCAGUCUCCGUCACACCUCCACUUCCACAGCAAGGCCCAGCACAGACGUUUCUCCAUUGAGGACGUCAGUAAGCGCAUGUCUUUGCCCAUGGACAUCCGUCUGCCUCCUGAGUUUCUCAAGAAACUGCAACUGGAGAGUGACAACUCACCGCUCUGCAAACCUGUCAGCCGCAUGUCUCGACGUGCUUCACUGUCUGACAUAGGCUUUGGGAAACUGGAGACAUACGUGAAGCUCGGCAAACUGGGUGAGGGGACGUACGCCACAGUGUUUAAAGGGCGAAGCAAACUAACAGAGAACCUGGUGGCGUUAAAGGAGAUUCGGCUGGAGCACGAGGAGGGAGCACCUUGCACUGCUAUCAGAGAAGUGUCUCUGCUGAAGAACCUGAAACAUGCCAACAUCGUCACGCUGCACGACAUCAUUCACACCGAACGUUGCCUCACUCUGGUGUUUGAGUAUCUUGACAGUGACCUUAAACAGUAUUUGGACAACUGCGGGAAUCUCAUGAGCAUGCACAACGUCAAGAUCUUCAUGUUCCAGCUGCUGCGUGGUCUGUCCUACUGUCACACGAGGAAAAUCCUCCACAGAGACCUAAAGCCUCAGAACCUGCUCAUCAACGAGACGGGCGAGCUCAAACUGGCCGACUUCGGUCUGGCAAGGGCUAAGUCUGUCCCCACUAAGACCUACUCCAAUGAGGUGGUCACUCUUUGGUAUCGACCCCCUGACGUGUUGCUGGGCUCUACAGAAUACUCCACACCCAUCGACAUGUGGGGCGUGGGCUGUAUCAUGAAUGAGAUGGCAACCGGUCAUCCUAUGUUUCCUGGUGCCACAGUGAAGGAGGAGCUACACUUAAUUUUUAGGCUUUUGGGCACUCCAACAGAAGAGACUUGGUCUGGGAUCAGUAGUAAUGAGGAGUUUAGGUCUUACCUCUUUCCUCAAUACAGACCUCAAGCUCUCAUCAACCACGUGCCCAGGUUGGACACAGAGGGGAUUGACCUUCUGUCUGCUCUGCUGCUGUAUGACACCAGGAGCAGAAUCUCCGCGGAAGCCGCUCUACAACACCCCUACUUCCUGAGUCUGGGGAAUAACAUACACAGUUUGGCAGACACUGCUUCAGUGUUUUCCCUCAGAGAGCUCCAGCUCCAGAAGGACCCAGGCCACCGCAGCUCCGUGUUUCAGCCUUUAGGUCGAGGAAAAAACCGAAGACAAAGCAUCUUCUAGUGGUCACGGAGGAGGAACAGAGACACAGAGACGAGACCUCAGCACAAAGGCCAACACAGCUCUGCACAUUCACAAGCAUUCUCACCUCUCCUCCUGUGCACUCACUUAUUUCCAAGGCAGCUGACCAUGGAGACUAUAAACUUGUACUGCACUUGAAAUGACUGGGCUGAGAUACACGCUCCCUCCACACACAUACAGUAAAUAUUUGCACAAUCAGCGACACUGAACCUGCUGCCAUUACUUACGUAGUUGCACACACACACACACACACACCAGAGAUUUAUGAGUAUCCUGCUGACACACACACACACACACACACACACACACACACACACACACACACACACACACACACACACACACACACACACACACACACACACACACACACACACACAUGCAUUUCAGACCAAAAUGUCAACCAUUUGGCCCUGAAUAAAGCUGCUUUGCUGCUCUGUUAUAGUGUAAAACAUAUACUCAAGCUCGCAUAAUUUCCAUUCAGAGCGCACCCAGGGCUUUAGCAGUUUAAGGUAGCGAUCACAUCUGGAGCCCUUAUACAAUCGCAGGUGUGCAGAUGUUAAGGGUUGUGGUGUGAGUGGAGGUCAGUUCAGUUUAAGUGAAGUGAAAUGAGGUGAAUUGGUUUCCAAAAUUUGCUAAAUGUUUGUUGGACUAAAGGUGAGGCUUGCUCAAAAUGUAGCUUAAAGAUACACUCUCUGAUUUUGUUAUAGCAUCCAGUGGCACUUCCCAAUUGUAAAAUUAAGCUCAACAUUUAAAAAGUACUGAGGUCUUAAAUUCCCCAAACACACCCCCUGAUGACCCUUCAAAAUUAUAACCAGAAACCAAAGAGAAGGUUCCUUUUAUUAUUUUAUUUAUGUGUUGUUUUUCUUCAGUUAACUGUGAAUUUGCGCUUUAUGUCCAUUUUAUUUUCCUAGCAUGAAAGUCUAAAUAGUUAUUUAAAGCCUUCUCAGGAGCUUAUUGGCAGGAAUAAAAUUAUGGGGGAGAAAUGCUGAAGAUUUCAUUUAUUUAUUAUUGUUUUAAAAUACAAGUAGUCACAUUGAAACAUAUUAAAUCCAAAAAUGCUAGCUUAUUCAAUGCAAAGUCCCGCCAGAUUGCUAAAAUUUCUAAAUUCACAGAAAGAAAAGUAGUAAAGGUGGCUAAAGCCUUGCGCGAGAGUUUGAGCAUUUAAACUAUUUAUCGUCGCUUUCAGAUAUAAACCUUGUAUCUCCAUAUUUUGUCAUUUUAAUAUAUUUUCAUAAAUCAAUGCAAUUGGUUACCCUUUACGUCUGUCUGUGGGUUUUACAAAUAUAUAAACAAUGACGAGGCAGUUUUAUCUUAGAGAGACUUCAGAUACAGUAUCAGGGGACCACUAAGGUCUAUAUAAAAGAGACUUCAGAUACAGUAUUAGGGGACCACUAAGGUCUAUAUAAAAGAGACUUCAGAUACAGUAUUAGGGGACCACU